GCUUUUCCACUUUGCUGAAUUGUACCUGUACUCAAAAUUGCACCAAGACACCUUGUCUCCGGAAUGCAAAAUGUGAAAUACGGAAUGGAGUUGAAGCCUGCUAUUGUAACAUGGGAUUUUCAGGAAAUGGUAUCACGAUUUGUGAAGAUGAUAAUGAGUGUGAAAAUUCGACCCAGCCCUGCGGUGAAAAUGCUAAUUGUACUAACACAGAAGGGAGUUAUUACUGUAUGUGUGCACCUGGUUACAGAUCCAGCAGCAAACAGGACAGGUUUAUAACUAAUGAUGGAACGAACUGCGUAGAAAAUAUGAAUGCGAACUGCCAUUUAGAUAAUGUCUGUAUUGCUGUGAAUAUUAAUAAAACUUUAACAAAGAUUAGACCCAUAGGAGAACCUGUGGCUUUGCUACAAGAAGUCUAUAGAAAUUCUGUGACAGAUCUUUCACCAGUGGAUAUAAUUACGUAUAUAGAAGUAUUAGCUGAAUCAUCCCCAUUUCUAGGUUACAUGAAUAGCACCAACACAGCCAAGGACACUCUUUCUAAUUCAAUUCUUACUGAACUUGUGAAGACCAUGAAUAAUUUGGUUCAAACAGAUACAUUUACAGUUUGGAACAAAUUAUCUACAAAUAAUAGGAGAACUCAUCUUACGAAACUGAUGCACACUGCUGAACAAGUAACUUUAAGUAUAUCUCAGAACCUCCAAAAGACCACUCAGUUAGAUACUAACUCAAGUGAUGUAGCUCUCAAAAUAUUCUUUUUUGAUUCACAUCAAAUGCAACAUAUGCAUCCCCAAAUGAAUGUGGAUGGAGAUUACAUAAAGAUACUUCCAAAGAGAAAACCUGCAUACAAUUCAGAUGGAAACGUUGCAGUUGCAUUUUUAUAUUAUAAAAGUAUUGGUCCCUUGCUUUCAUCAUCUGACAACUUAUUGGAACCUCAGAAUUCUGAUCAUUCUGAAGAGGAAGAAAGAGUCAUCUCUCCAGUAAUUUCUGUGUCAAUUAGUUCAAAUCCACCCAUGUUCUAUGAACUUGAAUAUAUUGCAUUUACAUUAAGUCAUAUAAAGACCUCAGAUAAGCAUAGGAGUCAAUGUGCAUUUUGGAAUUACUCGCCUGACACAAUGAAUGGCAGCUGGUCUUUGGAGGGCUGUGAAUUAACAUCCUCCAAUGAGACCCACACCUCCUGUCGAUGUAAUCACCUGACACAUUUUGCAAUUUUGAUGUCUUCUGGUUCUUCCAUUGGUAUUAAAGAUUAUAAUAUUCUUACAAGGAUCACUCAAUUAGGAAUAAUUAUUUCACUGAUUUGCCUCGCCAUGUGCAUUUUUACCUUCUGGUUCUUCAGUGAAAUUCAAAGCACCAGGACAACGAUUCACAAAAAUCUGUGUUGUAGCUUAUUCCUUGCUGAACUUGUCUUUCUUGUUGGGAUCAAUACAAAUACUAAUAAGCUCUUCUGUUCAGUCAUUGCUGGGCUGCUACAUUACUUUUUUUUAGCAGCCUUUGCAUGGAUGUGCAUUGAGGGUAUACACCUCUACCUCAUUGUUGUGGGAGUCAUCUACAACAAGGGAUUUUUACACAAGAAUUUUUAUAUCUUCGGCUACCUAAGUCCAGCUGUGGUAGUUGGAUUCUCAGCAGCAUUAGGAUACAGAUAUUAUGGCACCACUGAAGUAUGUUGGCUUAGCACCGAAAACAACUUUAUUUGGAGUUUUAUAGGACCAGCAUGUCUAAUCAUUCUUGUUAAUCUUUUGGCUUUUGGAUUUAUCAUAUACAAAGUUUUCCGUCACACUGCAGGGUUGAAACCAGAAGUCAGCUGCUAUGAGAACAUAAGGUCUUGUGCAAGGGGAGCCCUUGCUCUCCUUUUCCUUCUGGGCACCACAUGGAUUUUUGGGGUUCUCCAUGUCGUGCAUGCAUCAGUGGUAACAGCCUACCUCUUCACAGUCAGCAAUGCCUUCCAAGGAAUGUUCCUUUUCUUAUUCCUAUGUGUUCUAUCAAGAAAGAUUCAAGAAGAAUAUUAUAGAUUGUUCAAAAAUGUCCCUUGUUGUUUUGGAUGUUUAAGAUAAGCGCAGAAAACUAUGCGUAAUUCUAGCCACACAAAAUUAGAGGACCCAAGCUGUGGAUGAUUGACAAAUAAUAAUGACUUUAUCAAAAUGUCAGCUUAUUUACUACUAGAUAAUCAAAUAUUUUAAAUCAGUUUUUCUGUUUAUAGGUAGGAGCUGUAGAUAAUAAGAGUUUAAGUUAUGUUUUUACCAUAUAGCUACAGUAUGCUUGCCUACAUGGCAUUGCUAGUUAUGUCAGAAACAGUAUUGCAGAUAUUUGGAAAGUAAUUGGUUUCCCAGGAGUGAUAUCACUGUGCCCAAGGAAAGAUUUUAUUUCUAACACAAGAAAUAUAUGAAUGUCCUGGAGGAAACCACUGGCUUGAUAUUUUUGUGACUCAUGUUGCCUUUGAAACUAGUCCCCUACCACCUUGGUAAUGAGCUCCGUUACAGAAAGUGGAACAUAAGAGAAUGAAGGGACAGAAUAUAAAACAGUAAAAAGGGAAUGGGUGUUAUAACAAUGAGAGGUAUUUUGAGUAAUUUUUUUUUUUUUUUUUGUAAACUACAUGAGAAAUUGUGGAGAUAAAAUAAGGAAUUGAAUAAACACAUCUUUCCAUUUUGUGAGAUGUUAAGUUAAAUUUCUGCUAAAACAACUUAGACCUUUAUUUACUAUAUCUGCUUUCUUUUUGAAUAUUCUAAAAGAAAGAAAAGUCCCCAAAUCAAAAAACAAACAUUUCUCAUUUAAAGCUAACAUGAGAAUGAAGUAUGUGUUGUUUCUAUGCUUGCUUCACAGAAUGUGACUUCAAAUGUUUAAUCAGUAAAACAAAAGUGUGUCAAGAUAGAACGUUAACUCAUGCUUCUAAAUGUAAAAAUAAUGUAUAUAAAGCUGAAAUAGUCUAUUCUACAGCCUAUCUCAUUAGACUAGUAUAUUUGAAUUCUUUAUUUUUUAAUUUUAGAAAUACUGUAGUUCACAUUGAAAUAUUUCUCUUUACUAUUUUUAAAAGAUCAUUUGUAAAUAUGAAAGUAUUCAUAAAGCAAAUUGUUUUUUUUUUUCUUUCCUCUUCAGAGAGCACACUUUUAGAAAUGUUGUUUAUAACAAAGAAAUCACUGACAACUGUAGAAUUUUUCACAGUGGAGCUAUUUUCUGACGGUUUUCUACUAUCAAUUAAGCAUAUCUGCUGAAAUGUACAGCCUCUAUCCCGAAAUCUUCUCAUUAAAAAGGUUAUAAGUAGUGGUUUUAUUUCAAAAAUAUGCAAUUGUGCUACACCUACCUUUAAGUGUGUCAAUACACUAACUGUUUUGAUUUUAAAUUAAUUUGUCCAGCUGUUAAAAUGAAGUCUGUCAAAGUUUUCCCCAACAAAUAAAAUGUUGCCUGAAUGAAACAAUCCCACAUCUGCUUUGCUGAGUCGUUUUCUUAAGAAAGAUGAGCUACCUGUCAAUAUGUCUUAUACAUUUUUAAAGCACCCAUGAUGACACCUUUUCAUUACAUCUUCUGAUCUCUUAUAUGGUAAGCCUGAGAUCUAUUAUAAACAUUGUCAUCACAGUACAAUGUAAUGGAAAUGUGAUAAUAAAAAACUAAUCUAUUCAAUCAAUGGAUA